AUGUCGAUGAUGGACGAGGACGACAAGAGGGCUCUUCGUCGAAGGAAGAGGAGGACCGCGUCGGUGUACAAAGGAGAGAAGGGAGAGCUGAGCCUCCACAACCUUGGCUUGACUGAAAGGCGCGCUUUGAUUGAUAGCUUAGUCAAAGUCCCCGAGAUUGACAAUGAGAAGUUCUUGCACAAGUUGAAGAGCCGCAUUGACAAAGUGGGGAUCGAACUUCCGACAAUCGAAAUCCGGUUCCAGAACCUGACAGUGGAGGCAGAGGCUCUAUCUGCGAGCAGAGCUCUGCCUACCAUGUACAAUUUUGUACUCAACAUAGUAGAGGGGUUUUUGGGUGUCUUUCGUAUCAGAUCAAACAAGAAGAUGAAACUUACAAUCCUAAAAGGAGUGAGUGGAGUGAUCAAACCAUCCAGAAUCACACUGUUACUUGGUCCUCCAAGUUCCGGGAAGUCCACCUUCAUGUUGGCACUGGCAGGCCAACUUGACCCCGAUCUUAAGAGCUCAGGCAAUGUAAGCUACAACGGUUUCCAAAUUCAUGAGUUCGUGCCACACAGGACGGCAGCUUAUAUAAGCCAACACGACAAUCAUAUCUCAGAAAUGACUGUGAGAGAGACUUUAGCCUUUUCUGCCCGAUGCCAGGGCGUGGGGUUCCUAAGUGAGAUGCUUGAAGAAUUGUUGAAGAGAGAAAAGGCUACCCACAUUAAGCCUGAUUCUGCUGUUGAUGCCUUCAUGAAGGCCGCGGCAUUGGAGGGUCAGCAAGCUAGCGUGGUGACAGACUAUGUUAUAAAGAUUUUGGGAUUGGAAGAAUGUGCUGACACCGUGGUUGGGAGUAUAAUGAUGAGAGGAAUCUCUGGAGGACAAAAGAAACGUCUUACAAUUGGUGAGAUGCUUGUAGGACCUGCUAGAGCAUUAUUCAUGGAUGAGAUAUCUAAUGGACUUGACGCAUCAACGACAUAUCAGAUUGUAAACUCCAUGAGACAAUCAACUCAUAUCCUAAAAGGAACUACCAUCAUCUCCCUCCUCCAACCGCCACCUGAGAGUUAUGAACUCUUUGACGACGUAAUUCUCCUCUCUGAUGGACACAUUGUUUACCAUGGACCUCGAGAGAACGCUCUCGACUUCUUCCAACACAUGGGAUUCAGGUGUCCAGAAAGAAAAAACGUACCCGAUUUCUUGCAGGAAGUGAUUUCCAAGAAUGACCAGAAACAAUACUGGGCACGAAAAGAUCAAGUUUACCAUUACAUUACAGUGAGGGAAUUUGCAGAAGCAUUCAAGUCAUUCCAUGUUGGAGAAGCAAUGAGGCAUGAGCUCUCUAAGCCAUUUGAUAAGAAAAAAGGCCAUGCAGCUGCUUUGGCUUUCAGGAGAUAUGGAAUUCCAGAAAUGCAGUUGCUAAAGGCUUGCCUUUCUAGAGAGUUCCUACUCAUGAAGAAGAAUUCCUUUGUCUUCAUUUUUAAGAUCGUUCAACUUACAGUGAUGGCACUAGUUCUCAUGACUCUGUUCUUGAAGACUCAAAUGCAUAGAGAGACUGUAAUCGAUGGAGUGAUUUACAUGGGUGCAUUGUUCUUCAUCGUAAGUAUGAUAAUCUUCAAUGGAAUGGCUGAUCUAUCCAUGACGGUCGCCAAGCUUCCUGUGUUCUAUAAGCAACGAAACUUUGGGUUCUACCCUUCAUGGGCAUACUCCCUUCCUUCAAGCUUCCUUCAAAUACCAACCACUCUUGUGGAAGUUGCAGUAUGGGUUUCCAUUACUUAUUUCAUGAUCGGGUUUGAUCCUGAGCUUUCGAGGUUCCUUAAGCAAUACUUCUUGCUUGUACUUGUUGGCCAGAUGUCGGGUUCGUUGUUUCGCUUCCUCGCAGCUAUUGGACGGAACGUGAUCGUCGCUAGCACCCUCAGCUCUUUCAUACUUCUAGUGCUUAUGACACUAAGUGGCUUUGUCCUAUCUAGAGAUAAAAUCAACAAGUUUUGGAUAUGGGGUUAUUGGAUCUCACCUUUCAUGUACGCUGACAAUGCCAUCCUAGCUAAUGAGUUCCUUGGAGAUAAUUGGCAGCAAGUCGCUCCCUUAAGCACAGAGCCAUUAGGAACCCAAGUUCUAAAAUUCCGCGGCUUCUUCACAGAUCCUAAUUGGUACUGGAUAGGAAUUGGGGCAUUGUUUGGGUUCACCAUAUUGUUCAACAUUCUUUUCGCCCUAGCCCUAACGUUUCUCGAUCCAUUUGACAAGCCUCAAGCAUUGAUUUCUGAAGACUCUGAGAAUGAUGAAGCUAUUGAACUGAAUAGAGCUCGUUCUUUAUCACUUCAAGGAAGUUUUGGUGCAAUGCAUGACGAGAGUGACAAUGAAUCAAGCUCAAGCGAUUCAUGUCCAGGUUUGGAGAUCACUCCUGGUAGCAAUAACUGCAAAAAGAAAGGAAUGGUUCUUCCUUUUGUACCGUAUUCUGUCACAUUUGAUGAAAUAACUUAUGCUGUGGAUGCUCCUCAGCAUAUGAUAGAGAAAGGUGUUGUUAAAGAUAAAUUGUAUCUUCUUAAAGGAAUAAGUGGAGCCUUUAGGCCUGGAGUACUAACAGCUUUAAUGGGAGUUACUGGUGCUGGAAAAACCACACUAAUGGAUGUGCUUGCCGGUAGAAAAACUCAUGGAUAUACUCAAGGGAACAUCACCAUUUCCGGAUUUCCCAAAAAGCAAGAGACAUUUGCCAGGAUAUCAGGAUAUUGUGAGCAGAAUGACAUCCAUUCUCCAUUUGUUACUGUUCAUGAAUCAUUGCUCUAUUCAGCAUGGCUUCGUUUACCGACCGAGGUUAAUAGGCAAACUAGAAAGAUGUUUGUUGAAGAAGUUAUGGCACUAGUGGAGCUUGAUAGUUUGAGAGACUCGAUAGUUGGGUUGCCCGGUGUAAAUGGUCUAUCUAUUGAGCAACGUAAGAGAUUAACCAUUGCAGUUGAAUUAGUGGCAAACCCCUCCAUUAUUUUCAUGGAUGAGCCAACAUCAGGUUUAGAUGCCAGAGCUGCUGCAAUCGUUAUGAGAACGGUAAGGAACACUGUUGAUACUGGACGGACAGUGGUUUGCACCAUCCAUCAGCCAAGUAUUGAUAUCUUUGAGUCUUUUGACGAGCUUUUCCUCCUGAAGCGUGGUGGGCAAGAAAUCUAUGUCGGGCCAUUAGGGAAAGAUUCUUGCCAUUUGAUCAAUUAUUUUGAGAAAAUUGAGGGAGUUACUAAGAUCAAAGAUGGUUACAACCCUGCAACUUGGAUGAUGGAAGUAUCCACACCUGGACAAGAGGUUACUCUAGGAGUUGAUUUUGCUGCUCUAUACAAGAGAUCAGACCUCUACAAGAGAAACAAGGCCAUGAUCAAGGAUUUAAGCAAACCCACAAUUGGAUCUAAGGACCUGCACUUUGCAACCCAAUACUCUAGAUCACUAUUCACUCAGUGUCUAGCUUGCCUAUGGAAGUUCCAUUGGUCAUAUUUGCGAAACCAACCGUACACCGGAGUUCGCUUUCUCUUCACAACAAUCAUAGCUUUGCUUUUUGGAGGCAUGUUUUGGGAUCUUGGUGGCAAAAUGAAGAAUGAACAAGAUCUCUUCAAUGCAAUUGGUUCAAUGUUCACUGCCGUUUUCUCAAUUGGGAUCCAAAAUGCAUCAGCAGUGCAACCUGUUGUGGAUAUUGAAAGAACAGUUUUCUAUAGAGAAAGAGCUGCUGGAAUGUAUGCGGCUUUCCCUUAUGCUGUUGCGCAUGUUUUGAUUGAACUUCCAUACAUUCUUUUCCAAUGCAUUGUCUACAGCUGCAUGGUCUACACAAUGAUAGGUUUUGAGUUUACAGUGAUUAAAUGCUUCUGGUUCUUUUUCUUUAUGUACUUCACACUACUCUACUUCACAUUUUACGGCAUGAUGGCUGUCUCGUUCACUCCAAACCAACAUAUUGGCUAUAUUGUCUCUACUGCGUUCUAUGGGCUCUGGAACAUCUUUGCUGGAUUCAUCAUCCCACGUCCUAGGGCACCCAUUUGGUGGAGAUGGUACUACUACGCAUGCCCGGUUUCAUGGACAUUGUAUGGAUUUGUGGCAUCACAAUAUGGAGAUGUGCAGGACAUUCUUCUUAGUGGAUUGACAGUUGAGGCAUUUGUGAAGCUCUACUUUGGGUUUGAACAUGACAUGGUACCGAUUGUUGGUGUGGUGGUUGUCGGGUUUGGCGUUAUGUUCAUACUUAUUUUUGCCACUUGUAUUAUGAUGCUCAAUUUUCAGAAGAGGUGA